ACUUCUGCGCUUAUUCCUGACCUGUACUUAUGAAUAUGAUAAUACUUUAUGAUAAAACACAUUGUGUUUGAUUUAUGUGUGUUUCACGGCUUGUAUUUUAGUAACAUUCACAACUAUUAUAGAUUUAAUGAUCCUCCUCGCUAGCUCACUAAGCAAUUAUCCAUCAGUGGGCCAACGUGUAUUUAUGUAAAACUGGGCAUUAAUUUGUUCACUAAACUCAUAUAAACGAUUAAUUUUGUUCUGUAAAAGACAAACAUGACUCGACACGGGAAAAACUGCACAGCAGGAGCUGUUUACACUUAUCAUGAGAAGAGGAAAGACACCGCCGCUUCGGGUUAUGGGACACAGAGUGUGCGUUUGGGGAAGGAUGCGAUCAAAGAUUUCGACUGCUGCUGCCUCUCCUUACAGCCUUGCAGGGACCCUGUUGUAACUGAAGAUGGAUACCUAUAUGAGAAAGAAGCCAUUCUGCAAUACAUCCUUCACCAGAAAACAGAAAUUGCCAAGAAAAUGAAGGCAUAUGAGAAGCAGAAACAGGCUCUGAAGAGUGAAGGCCAGCUGGAGUCCAAGUCUGAGGAGCGAGACAGAGCUGAGAAGUUCAAACAGAGGGAGAACAACAUCGUCUCCAAGCCAAUCAACCCCUUCACUUCAGAUGAUGGAAGACAGAAUGGCUCAACCAGCUCCUCCAGUUCUGACACUUCAGCAGGAGAGUCCAGUUCUUCUUCAGCUCUGCCCAGCUUCUGGAUCCCCAGCCUCACACCAGAGGCCAAGCCCACCAUGCUUAAAAAACCUUCAAAGACAGUGUUGUGCCCUAUGUCAGGACGUCCUUUGAAGAUGAGUGAUUUAAUUUCAGUGCGCUUCACUCCACUGGACCCCAGUCUGGACAGAGUGGCCCUCCUCACACGCCAAGACAGAUACGUGUGUGCAGUAACCAAAGACACGCUUGGGAACUCGGUGCCCAGUGCAGUUCUCAGACCCUCUGGAGCUGUAGUCACUAUGGAGUGUGUGGAGAAGCUCAUACGGAAAGACAUGAUUGAUCCAAUGACUGGAGACAAACUGAAAGAGAAGGACAUAAUACCCCUUCAGAGGGGUGGGACUGGCUUUGCAGGCUCAGGAGUGGAUCUUAAAGCUAAAGAGGCCAGACCCGUUAUGCAAGCAUAAAUGAGAGGAUUAGACAAGGCUUUGACCCUGUAAAUAUUGUCAUUCAUUUUGCAGGAUUUUUUUGUUUUUUUUGUUUUUUUUUUUUGGGGGGGGGGGGGGGGGGGGGGGGGGGUGUAAUUUGAGUGAAUGUUGAAGUUAUGUUUCUUUUUGCCCCUGAAGAUACUAUCAUGUUAUGUUUACACAAUAUACAGCAUUUUUAAAAAAAUAAACAAUUCAUUUUACACACUUUAAAAGUCACAUUUGUCUUAUUUUAAUAGUUUAAAGAGACAUUAAGGCUUUUUGUGGUCAUAACAGGGUUAAAGUUCAUCGUGAUCUACCAGCGUCCCAAAGUCAGUUAUCGUGCUGACUUUAAUGAAAUCCAUUCUAUCCAUUAUCUCACUGAUAGAGAGACGACCAUCCUGAGAAUGAAAGCAAGGAAACAGACACAAUUUGGAAAAUGCAGAAGGGAAAGAUUUAGUUUGGAAACAGAGGGUGACUAUUAAAAAUUAUUUCAUAAGGUUUUGUGAGUAACAGCUACAUCACCUAUCAGAAUGCAAUGCAUUCUUUGUGAGAACACAAAUUAAACCCCAGUCCAAAAUUAUUUAAAAAAAACCAACAUGGCUUUAUUUAGAAUUCACAGAGAGAAAAAUGUUCCACCAAUACAGUGUCAAUCACUUUUGUCUCCUCCCACCUACUGAGUCCCGCCUCUCCUUCCCUCCCUUUUUGCUCUGGCUUCAUUUCUUUAUACCCAUUUUCAUGUGAGUGGUAUGCUGAAUGUGAAAUCACACACUGCUAAUGUGAAAUGUACUUUGUAACAGUCAAAACAGGCCUGUUACAUUGAAUACUGAAACUGGCCCUGUAUUCAGUGCUGAAUUCCUGAGCAUCUCUCAAGUGGAAGAUGUAUGUCUAUUUCCUCACAAUAUAAGCAAGCUGGAGUGUCUGUGAAUGUAAGUGUUCAUCAUAAUUUUGUUGCAAAAAUGUAAUGUGUUUGACAAUAAAUAAAACAUUUAUCUGUCUCA